GCAAAGUUUGGCUGUGGCGGCAAAUGGGCUUGGGCGGCUCCUUGGCGGGUGGUGGCGGUGGCCGUAGCGGUUCCUCUUGGCCCUGUUAAUGUCGGGGCCAGGCCCGGGGAGGAUGGCGCCCUAGAGCCCGGCCUUGCUGGGGUAGGGGCGGGAGGGGACGGGGUGGGGACCGGCCAUGUCGGAGGUGACCCGAAGUCUGCUGCAGCGCUGGGGCGCCAGUUUUAGGAGAGGCGCCGAUUUCGACUCUUGGGGCCAGCUGGUGGAGGCGAUAGACGAGUAUCAGAUAUUAGCAAGACACCUACAAAAAGAGGCCCAAGCUCAACACAAUAAUUCUGAGUUCACAGAAGAACAAAAGAAAACCAUAGGCAAAAUUGCAACAUGCUUGGAAUUACGAAGUGCAGCUUUACAGUCCACACAGUCCCAAGAAGAAUUUAAACUGGAGGAUCUGAAGAAGCUAGAACCAAUCCUAAAGAAUAUUCUUACAUAUAAUAAAGAAUUCCCAUUUGAUGUUCAGCCUGUCCCCUUAAGAAGAAUUUUAGCACCCGGUGAAGAAGAGAAUUUGGAAUUUGAAGAAGAUGAAGAAGAGGGUGGUGCUGGAGCAGGGUCUCCUGAUGCCUUUCCUGCUAGAGUUCCCGGUACUUUAUUACCAAGGUUGCCAUCAGAACCAGGAAUGACAUUACUCACUAUCAGAAUUGAGAAAAUUGGCCUGAAAGAUGCUGGGCAAUGCAUUGAUCCCUAUAUCACAGUUAGUGUAAAAGAUCUGAAUGGCAUAGAUUUAACUCCUGUGCAGGAUACUCCCGUGGCUUCAAGAAAAGAAGAUACGUAUGUUCAUUUUAAUGUGGACAUUGAGCUCCAGAAGCAUGUUGAAAAAUUAACCAAAGGUGCAGCUAUUUUCUUUGAAUUCAAACACUACAAGCCUAAAAAAAGGUUUACCAGCACCAAGUGUUUUGCUUUCAUGGAGAUGGAUGAAAUUAAACCUGGGCCAAUUGUAAUAGAACUAUACAAGAAACCCACUGACUUUAAAAGAAAGAAAUUGCAGUUAUUGACCAAGAAACCACUUUAUCUUCAUCUGCAUCAAACUUUGCACAAGGAAUGAUCCUGACAUGAAUACCCUGGAACUUCUGUGAAUCUUACCACUCAGUAGAAACCAUCCUAGCUCUGUGUAGCACAUUCGCCCUUCAACAGGCAGGAAGCAAGCCGUACCCAGGCCAGCAGGCCAGAGUGAGUCCAUUACACAGCUGUAGCACAGAAUUCAAAGUCCAGCACGUCACUGAUGGAAAAGACUCCUUUGGAUACAGGCUUAAUUGUAGAUCUUAAAACAUUUUCACUUUUCUAUUAAUUGUGCAAUGAAUAGCCUCUUUUCUAAUUUGCCACUAUUCCUGCCCUGCUUCCUGGAACGACACUGUUGUGGGUGGAAUGUGCUCACCUUCACACUUAAUACAGCAAUAAGAGUGUGCUAGAGUUUACACACCUGUCCACUUCUGUUCCAAUAUGCUCUUCGGUUUUUUGAGUUAAUGUCAAACUUUGGGUUGAUGUGGGUAGGACAGUAUGAGACUGCUUUGAGAGGAAUUGGACCAAUUAUGCUGCCCAAGGUCAGUCUGGAAAUUUAUAGGCUGCUCCUCAGAGACGGCCUUGAUUCACCCUGAUCUCAUGGUUCUCCUGCUUAGAAAUAGUGUGCCUUGGCCAAAUCAGUAUCCCGUAUGGGCGUGUUCGCAGGUGGUAGCUGUGAUUUUUCCAGAUGACCGGAUCGUUUUUCUGAAAGUGAGCAUAUUUUUAGUCAUGUUGAUUAGCUUUUUUCUACAUCACAUCGUUACUCUUUCUGAUAGUGAUUCUGGGGUUAGUGAUGGAACCAUCUCAGAAUAAUUACAAAUUCUUGGUGGGUUUAUGUCUUCUAAAUCGUGUAAUCUAAAAAUAAUUUGAGUCAGAUGCUAACAAGAUACCGCAGGAAUAACUGCUGUUUUUCUGACAACUGAUUGUGAAACCUUAAAACCUGCAUACCUCUUCUUGUAGUGAUGAGUAUGCAAAUCUGGAGAUAUUCUAUUUUUUUUUUAUAUAGGUAGAUAGGAUUGCCAUUUAUUUCCUAUGUAGAUAUACUGACAUUCAUCCAUAUGGAAAUAUUGCAGGUCAUUAGCUUUUUAUAAUUUGACUAUUUACAUUCUUUUGACUUAAUAAUGGGGCAUAAAUAAAACUUUCAUAGAACACACAAGGUGGAUAUUUGAUACACAGAACAUUUAAGAUUUGGGGUGGGCAUUCUCUGGGUUAGGUGUGGAGCCCACAUAUUUAAUAUUCACUAUUUUAAAUGACCAAUGCUAGCAUGAGGGGAACGCAGUGCCAGUACUUGGCCUACUUUUAAACUCGUGUAAUAAGCCUAGUCAAUACCGUUCAGUAUGUUUGCUUUUUAAAAUAAGUAACCACAAUUAAGUUCUAGCCCUUGCACUUCAAGAGAUCUAGUCUCCACUUUCAGUUGUCUGUUAGGUCAGUUCUGUUUACUAUGAUGGAUGUUAAAAAACUAUAUGAGCCUGAAGAAUUCUCAACCCAAUUUAGUCUUGCUUCCCUCUUGAUUAGUUUAAUUCCAGAUGAUUCCAUCCACAGUAGCUUGAGGGGAUGAGGAAUUUGCCUUAAUAAAUUACUUUUGUUGUUCACUCAACUCUUAGACUGUGAGUUGUCAGCCCCGUGCCCUGCCCGCCCCAGACUGUAAGCUCCUCAGGGGGCAAGAACCACACGUUCUCCAUGUCACGUACAUUUUCUGAGGUGCUUGGCAGCGCUCUGUACCCUGUGGAGUACUCAGUACCUUUUGUUUGAUGUUGCUGACAAGACCUAAAAAUAAUCCCUUAAAAAACCUACCAUUAAAAUGUAGCAAAACUGA